AUGUACACUUCAUCGCUAACUGGAAAGGGAAGUAAAGCAAAAUUGCUACACAUGCAGACAUUAGGUCCUUUUGUCAUACUGUUAGUAAAAAGCACUACACUUCAGCGAGCCAUAUUGCUGAGCUCGGUGGGCAGCAAGACGUACAGUCUGAUGAGGAACUUAUUGAGUCCUGAUAAACCGGGGGAUAAAUCAUUCACGGAGUUGACGAGCUUGCUUCAGUCACAUUAUAACCCGAAGCCGAGUGAGAUAGUCCAAAGGUUCAAGUUAAAUUCAAGGACUAGAAUGGCCAAUGAAACGGUAACGGAGUAUGUUGCAGUGCUGAGGGAGCUGGCGCAACACUGUAAUUAUGGUGACAGACUGACAGAAAUGCUACGUGAUAGGCUCAUAUGUGGCAUUGCAGAUGACCGCAUACAACGCAGAUUGUUAGCGGAGCCUGAGUUGUCAUUUGAAAAGGCCUUGAAGCUGGCACAGGCCAUCGAGACAGCGAAUAAAGACAUUCGUGAUUUACAACCAAGAACAAUCGAGGGGGUUGGGAGCAGGAGUGCUACCCCACUGCCAGUGCAUAAAGUGGUAAUGGAGCAUAAACCACAAGGGAAGUCUGGUCAGUAUGCCUGUUACAGGUGUGGCGGUGAACAUCUGUCACAGAACUGUCGUUUCUUAAAUGAAAAAUGUCAUGCUUGCGGGAAAAAGGGCCAUGUGAAGAAAAUGUGCAGGUCAACGCCCUCUAGGGACCAGCAGAGAAAGGGGGAGGAAAAGAGCAGCAUAACGGACAGAAAGGGAAACCGGAAAAUAAAACAGCAGUAUGCACACCACAUGCGUGAAGCAAAGAUACACGUCAAAGAAAACGCAACGCCAAGAUUUUACAAACCAAGACCCGUACCAUACGCAAUGAAGAAGAAAGUGGAGACUGAGUUGGAGCGACUCACCAAGCAAGGUAUAAUUGAACCAGUAAAGUUUUCGGAAUGGGCGGCACCCAUUGUUCCAGUAUUAAAGCCAGAUGAUACUGUACGCAUAUGUGGUGACUACAAGCUAACAGUGAACCAAGUUUCGAAGCUGGAGCAGUAUCCAAUACCAACGGUGGAGGAUGUAUUUGAAAAGCUGUUGGGAGGUGAAAAGUUUAGCAAACUGGACCUCAGUCAUGCAUAUCAACAAGUUGUUCUGGAGGAAGGGUCAAAGUCAUAUGUCACCCUUAACACACACAAAGGUUUGUUCCAAGUAAAUCGUUUACCCUUUGGUGUUUCCUCUAGUCCAGCUAUUUUCCAGAGAAUAAUGGAGGGACUGGUGGCAGGAAUUCCGAAGGUGGCUGUUUAUUUGGACGACAUCCUGUUGACGGGUAGGAACAACCGCGAGCAUCUGGAGACUCUGAACGAGGUGCUGAGGCGACUGCGAGAGGCUGGUCUGCGGGUGAAGCGGAGUAAAUGUGCUUUCAUGGAAAAGGAAGCAGAGUUCCUGGGUUACAAGGUGGAUGCAUCGGGCCCACCCCUGCCAAACAAGGUAAAAGCCAUCCAACAGGCACCUGCACCCACAAAUGUUACAGAGCUGAAGGCCUACUUAGGCUUACUCAACUAUUAUAACAGGUUCCUACCAAAUCUGUCAACGCUGUUAGCUCCUUUACAUAAACUAUUAAGGAAGGAGACCCGGUGGACGUGGCAGGAGGAACAGGACAGAGCGUUUGAGCAGUCCAAGGAACUAAUGCAGUCCUCAGAGGUUUUGGUGCACUACGAUACUCACAAGGACUUAAUUCUGUCAUGUGAUGCCUCACCUUAUGGGUUAGGGGCCGUGUUGGCACACUGUAUGCCAGAUGGACAAGAAAGACCCAUCGGGUUCAUGUCACGAACCUUAACACCAGCGGAGUCAAACUAUUCCCAGCUAGACAAAGAGGGUUUGGCUGUAAUUUUUGGAAUUAAGCGGUUCCACAAAUACCUCUAUGGCAGGAAGUUUACUGUUUGCACCGAUCAUAAGCCCUUGUUGUCACUGUUCAGCGAGAUGAAAGCCGUGCCUCAGAUGGUUUCUCCCCGCAUUCAGAGAUGGGCUGUAACAUUGAGAGCUUAUGAAUAUGAGAUUGUUUAUAAGCCCGGGAAACACCAUAGCAAUGUGGACGCGCUGAGCCGUCUGCCGCUACCGGGGCAUCUCAAGGAAAAGGAAACGGAGGACCGAGUUUUGAUGAUGGAGGACAUCACGUUGGUGUCAGCGAGGGAACUGAGCAAAUGGACACGAAAAGACCCGGUGCUGGCUCGAGUGUUUCAGUGGGUCCAGCAAGGCUGGACAACACAACAAACUGAUCCAGUUUUUCGGCCCUAUGAGGUGAGGAAAACAGAGCUGAGUGUGCAAGAUGGAUGCGUGUUGUGGGGGGCACGAGUGAUAAUUCCGCCCCCAGGAAGACGUGCACUUUUACAACAGCUGCACCAGGGUCAUGUGGGCAUCACCCGAAUGAAGGCCUUAGCACGAAGUUAUUUCUGGUGGCCCAAGUUGGACCACGACAUUGAAGUCGCUGUGAAAGAGUGUAACACCUGUGAACAACAUCGCAACUCACCUGUGGCGGCACCACUACACCCAUGGGAGUGGCCGAGUAGACCUUGGCAGAGACUUCAUAUAGACUAUGCAGGGCCUUUUAUGGGGGCAAUGUUUUUGAUAAUAAUGGAUGCUCAUUCUAAAUGGAUGGAUGCCUACCCAGUCAAAACAACCACUUCCACCACUACCAUUGAAUGCCUGAGGAAGAGUUUCAGUAGCCAAGGACUACCAGAGACUAUUGUAUCAGAUAAUGCUUCAUGUUUCAUGAGUGGAGAGUUCAAGGGUUUUCUGGAAAAAAAUGGCAUCGUACACGUCACAUCAGCACCAUACCAUAUGGCUUCAAAUGGCUGUGCUGAAAGGGCUGUCCAGACCUUUAAAGCAAUGAUGACAAAGGCCGGAGACGGAAGUAUGGCAGCAAAAGUGUCAAGGGUGUUAUUCAACUACCGCAUUACACCCCAGUCUACGACCGGAUUGUCACCUGCCGAGAUGUUGCAAGGACGGAGAUUAAGGUCAACAUUGGAUCUGGUGCAUCCAAACAUCCGAGCUAAGGUGGAGAGGACACAGUGGAGGCAAAAAGAACAUCAUGAUCGACGACGGAGAGAGAGAAGUUUCCUUGCGGGAGAUGCAGUGAUGACUCGAAACUUUAGCUAUGGACCUAAAUGGAUUCCAGGGUUCAUUGUCAAGAGCACAGGUCCACUGUCGUACCAGGUGAGGUUGAAUGGAGGUUUCUUGGUGAGGAGACAUGUGGACCAGAUUCUGCGUAGCGAACAGAAGAAGGACUUCAUGGAACUGCAAGCCCCGGAAAUACCAUUAGUUUCGGGCGAAGGGCUCGCAGCGGCAGGAGGAUCUCUGAUCCUGGGGCCCGAGGAAGACCGCCGGGACUCGGAAGGAGAGGUUCCCGAGGACCCAACCUUUCCAGGGAUGGACACACCUGUACCAGAGGUGAUUAAAGGAGGGAAAUGGUACUAUAUGAAAGAGAUGAAAAUGGGUGGCAAGAACAGUGCAGAACAUAAGGAAAUAGCCUUGGGAAUGAGCAGAAUGGAGGAAGGAAGUUGGGGUAAUUUUUUAUGGGAUAGGUGCCCAUUUUUCAGGUAUGAAGAGAAGAUGUAUACGUACAGCAAAAGUGUUUUGGUUAUCGUUAAUACUGCAUUUUUGUAG